CAGGGGCAGGAGCAGGAGCAGGGGCAGGAGCAGCAGCAGCAGCAGGAGCAGGGAGGGACAAGCGCCAGAUAGAAUGAGGUAGUAAAAAAAAAAAGAAAGGCAGAGCUUCGCAGUCUCCUUCAGGCAUCUGAACAAGUCUGGACAGUUCUGCUGCUGCUGCUGCCUGUGUCACUGCGCUCAGCUCAGGCAGCGUCAGGAGUCUCCACAGUUUCCUGCAGGGAUGCAAACACAUCACUUGGCUGUCUGAACUGCACCGGAGUUUGAUCUGUGAGGCUGUGACACUGGACUCUUUGGGACCGUGAGAAAUCAUCGUGUGGCCGGACAGUGCACGGAGAGGUCGGGGCUGGAUAUGCCACAGGUGGAGAGGUGUGGAGCGACAGGCUGUGGCUCGGUGCACGGAGCAGACAUCCGCAGGUAAUGAAGAUGUGGAGCCGUGUUUUCACUGUGACGUUGUUGCUGUCCUUCAUGAAACAGGCAGAUGCUCAGGGCAGGUGUAGUAAUGUGCAAGCAGCAGACAUUGUCUUCCUGGUGGACGGGUCCUCCAGUAUUGGCCGAGCUAACUUCCUGCAGGUGAAGGGCUUCAUGGCCGGAAUCAUCAAACCGUUUGCCGGGUCCGUCAGCGAGUCAGGGAUACGAUUCGGGGCCAUACAGUACAGUGACACCUCCAGGGUUGAAUUCACCUUCUCUACCUACCUGAAUGGCACCGAUCUGGUCAAUGCUGUUCAAAACCUGAACUAUAAAGGUGGAAACACACGCACUGGUGCUGGUCUCAAGUUUGUCGCUGAUAACUUCUUUAACCCUUCGUCCAGUCGGGAUGUCUCAAAGAUCACAAUCCUGAUCACAGAUGGAAAGUCACAGGACAGCGUGGAAGAGCCGGCACAGAAGCUGCGCAGCCAAGGAGUGCAUGUUUUUGCAGUUGGCAUAAAGAGUGCAGACAGGAACGAGCUGGCUCAGAUCUCCUCUCAGCCCAGCAGUGAUUUCACCUCCUUCGUUGGUGACUUCAAACUGCUCAACACUCUUCUUCCUCUUGUGAGCCCCAGAGUGUGUUCCAAAGCAGGAGGCGUCUACGCCAGUGAUGAGGCGUUCUCUGGUCCGUCCAACAUUCAGUUUACUGGGCAGACGACCGAUUCUCUCAGGUUUCGUUGGACUCCUGCCGAGGGGCCUGUGAGUGGCUAUGUCGUCCAGUACGUGCCGCUCUCCGGCCUGGGUCAGCCUAUCACAGCAGAUUUGCAUCAGGAGACUGUCUCCAUCAAUCAGAGGACGUUCACUGCACGAGAGCUGAGGUCGGGGACAGACUACCUGGUGACCAUCAUAGCCCAAUACCCCAACAGUGUGGGAGAGUCUGUGUCUGCCAAGCAACGAACCAGGUCUUUGCCGGGCAUCUCCAGUCUACAACUAAUCCAGGCGGGCUACUUCUCUCUUACGGUGGGCUGGGAUCAACCAUCAUCACCUGUCCAGGGCUACAGACUCACCUAUGGACUACGAGGUCAGCCAGCAGCUCAGCUACUGUCGCAGUCUCUGUCCGGCGAAUCCACGUCCGUCACCUUGGAGUCGCUUCAGCCCGACACAGAGUACGUCGUCAAUCUCUACCCCCUGUUCCCCCGAAAUACUGCUUCCCCGUCCACCCUCAACGCCCGCACACUGCGCCUCGAGGCAGUGAAGCAGUUAUCAGUGGAGACGGAGUCAGAGGGCAGUGUGCUUUUGAGGUGGAGAGGCGUCAUUGGUGCUCGGGCCUACCGUCUGGUCUGGGGACCGUUUACAGGUCGAAUUGUUGAGACUGUGGAGGUCGCUGGCGACAGGGAGUUCCACACUUUGUCUAGACUGCAGCCCGACACCGAGUACAUCGUCACCAUCAUCCCACUGUAUGAGGGCAACACAGAGGGCCCUGUCGCCACCGCCAGGUUCAAGAUAGAGCGUCAGGAGCAGCAGAUCCUCAGAGCAGCCACCUCCAGCCCCUCCACUAUCCGCCUCACGUGGAGGAUCAUUCAGUCGUCUCAAGGGUAUCGUCUGGAGUGGAAAGAGGGAGAAGGAGGACGUGUCCAGAGCCUGUCGUUUCCCAGAAGCACCACCAGCUAUGAGUUGACUGGCCUCCAACCCAACACAGAGUACAUCAUCACCCUGUACACGCUGUUUGAAGGCCGAGAAGAGGCCACACCUGUCUCCACCACGUCCAGAGAGGAGCAGCCUGUGGGGAGAGUAUCCAACCUGAGAGUGGUGGAGUCUCUGGGCAGCACAGUCAGACUUGGAUGGACAGGAGUAGCCGGGGCCACACAGUACCGCAUCAUCAUCCUCAACACAGAAGCGGGAACAGAAGAAAUCCAGACAAUCCGUGGAAACCAAACGACCCUUGACCUCAGAGACCUGACAGUGGGCGUGUCCUAUGGCAUCAGUGUCACGGCUCUGGUGGGAGAAAAUGAAGGAGACCCAGUUACUGUCUACAUCAAACCAGAGCAAAGUGCAGGCAGAGUGACAAACCUCAGAGUGAUAAACGCAAACAGUCGGAGACUUCGAAUUGCCUGGACAGGCGUCACCGAGGCAACUGGGUACAGGGUUACAUGGAGACAAGGAAACACAGGUGCUGAGCAGUCCCGUGUUCUGGGGCCAGAAGCUACGGCCUUCACGAUAGACGGCCUGCAGCCAGAUGAGGGGCUGGUCAUCGGCGUUGCAGCUGUUGUCAAUGAGCGCGUUGGAGAGGUGGUCACUAUGUCUGCUCGCACUAAUCCCAACGGCGGAACAGUGUCGGGGCUUCGCAUCGUCGAUGUCACAUCUCAGAGGAUCCGCAUCACAUGGUCACUUUCCACCAGGGCAACUGGCUAUAAGAUCACCUGGCGCAGUGAUAGUGGUGUUGAAACGUCUCGUAACUUGGCGGCCAACGUCUCUUCCUUCACCAUUGAUGGACUACAAGCAGACGCAGCCUACAGCGUGCAGGUUUCUGCACUGAGUGGCUCUCGAGAGGGAAGCCCCACCACCCUGAACAUCAGAACAGAAUCAGAUCAGUCCGUAGUCGGGACUGUGACGUCACUGCAAGUCCAGGAGGCCCGAGGAGAGGUUGUCCGAGUCUCUUGGGUUGGUGUGCAGGGAGCGACGGCUUAUCGUGUUUCAUGGAGGAAAACAGAUGGUGGUGAAGGACGGAGUCAGCUGGUUGGCGGAGAUGUGACAGCGGUGGAUUUAGACCGGCUGGAUCCUGGAGCUCAGUACGAGGUGCAGGUCAUGGCUCUGGUUGAGAACAGAGAGGGAACUCCUGUGUCUGUGAGAGUCACCACGCCCGGCACCUCUCUACCUACUACAACUUUACGUGUGGCUGAGGUGACUCAGAGUUCUGUGCGGUUAGACUGGAUACCUCUACGUGAAGCAACAGGAUAUAUUAUACGCUGGAAAGAUGACACAGAUACCGGUCGAGGCUUGUCUGUUCCGCUGCCCGCUUCGUCGAGCGCGUACCAGGUGACUGGGCUGCGUUUGGGCCAUCAAUAUCGCUUCAGCGUGCAGCCCACCUUCGAGAGUGGACUGGGAACAGAGAGAUCUGUAGAUGAACACACUGUGUGUGUGGGCGGGCGUCUGGAUGUGGUGUUUGUGGUUCCGGCAUCCACCGAUCGGAUCAGCCUUGCGAGACCUUUGCGUGAACUCCUCACCAGCGCAGUGAGGUCACUCAACACCAUCGGCGCUCGAGACUCACAGGUUGGAGUUGUAGUUUACGGUUACAGACCCAAAAUAUGGUUCCUACUUAAUCGUCAUGGAAGAUCUGACACGCUGCUUCAAGAGAUCCAUGCCACACCCUUCGAUGAAAGUCCGGGGAAUAACAUUGGAGAAGCGGUGACCUUCACCAGACAGUACCUGCUGACUCCUUCAUCUGGACGCAGGCCGAGGGUCCCCGGUGCUGUUGUCAUCAUUGCAGACAAGAGAUCAGCUGACAACCUCACUUUGGCUGCCAGCAGUCUCAGAGCUUUAGGUGUCACUGUGUUAGCGGUGGGUAUUGACCAGGCGGAUAUCGAGGAGCUACGUCGCACCGUGACGGACGGCAGCACCCAGAACAUCCUGUAUGCCCGUGAUGCAGCACAGCUGGGGUCUCAGCAGAGCGAUCUGUCCGACUUACUCUGUGGAAUUGCCAGAAUACCAGAGGGUACACCAGGUACAGAGCAGUGCACUGUUCAGUGCCCUCGGGGGGAGAAAGGAGAUCGCGGUGAGAGGGGUGAGAGAGGCAGAGAUGGUACUGAUGGACGCAAGGGAGAGUCUGGUCGUGAUGGUUUGGCUGGAAGGGACGGCCCCAGAGGCCCUGAGGGACGUCCAGGUCCACCAGGCCAAUCUCUUGAUCCCUCUGGGGGGGUGAAAGGAGAAAAGGGGGAGAGAGGUUUUCCUGGCAUUGAUGGAAAUCCAGGGUUGCCGGGACGACCAGGUGCCCCUGGAAAUGCAGGGGUCCCGGGCUCACAGGGCCUACCUGGUAUCACAGGAACUCCAGGUGAACGAGGUACGACAGGGCCUCAAGGGCCACAGGGCGGUAAAGGUGAAAGGGGAGAGCCAGGCUCUGCUAUAUCCGGAGGGGGUCUGCCCGGGAGGAAAGGAGAACCAGGCAUCCCAGGGAUACCGGGUACUCCAGGUCGGCCAGGCAGCGACGGGGUCAAAGGGGCAGCUGGCAUUCCAGGGUCACCAGGUCAGGAUGGUCGUCCAGGGAUACCAGGUACACCUGGACUCUCCAUCAAGGGAGACAAGGGCGGCACAGGAGAGCGGGGACCUCCAGGAGUAGGCAGCGGGGUGGCCGUGAAGGGCGAGAAGGGCUCCCUAGGCACUGCAGGAUCUCCAGGGGCUCAGGGUCGUAUAGGGCCAACGGGACCACAGGGCAGCAAAGGAGACAAGGGUGACAGUGCUGAUGGGCUGCCUGGGCCUCCAGGCAGGCAAGGAGAGCCUGGGGACAGGGGUCCCCGCGGGCCUCCAGGAGAGAUUGGCGGCAAGGGGGACCGGGGACAGCCAGGAGAGCCGGGAUCACAGGGAGACAGGGGCGAGAGAGGACCAGCUGGUGAAACCGGGGCAAGAGGGGACCUGGGGAAGUCGGGCCUCCCAGGAACACCAGGGUUGAGAGGUUUACCAGGGCCCAGUGGACCGCCAGGAGAAAAGGGAAGCGACGGAGCACGAGGGGAGCCAGGCAGGAGUACUCCAGGUUUUCCGGGAAAGAAAGGGGAACAGGGGGAGCGAGGUCUGUCUGGUCUCGAUGGGCAGAGGGGAGAAAAAGGAGAUUCUGGACAGAGAGGAGAGAAAGGGUCUCCAGGGUCCGGAGGGUCAGGUGUCCUUGGUCCUAAAGGAGAGCCAGGAGAACGAGGACUCGCUGGUGUCAAUGGAAGACCAGGUGCCAAGGGAGAACCAGGAGAGUCAGGAGAGAGAGGCGAGAAUGGACGCCCGGGAAUUCCAGGGAAACCUGGUCUGUCUGGGAAAGAGGGAGAGAAAGGAGACAAGGGUGAUGAGGGCACUCCCGGGGAGUCUGGACUUCCUGGGAAGCCGGGAGAACGAGGACUGAGGGGACUGGCUGGUCAACCCGGACGACCGGGAGAGAAAGGAGACUUUGGAGACCCAGGGGAGCACGGGCGAAAUGGCAGCCCCGGACCUGCAGGACCGAGAGGAGAUAAAGGAGAGCAGGGAACUCAAGGGCCAGUGGGACCACCAGGAAAAGUGGCGAACGUCCAGGGCCAGCUGAAAGGACAAAGUGGAGAGAAAGGCGAUGCAGGCAGCCCAGGGGAGCACGGCGACAAAGGUCCGAAAGGUGAAGCAGGGACUCCCGGAGCCCCAGGCAUACGAGGUCCUGAGGGACAACGGGGACCUGCAGGCACAAGAGGUGACGCAGGAGAAAGAGGGACCCCUGGAGAGAAGGGAGAACGUGGUGCAUCUGGAUUAGAUGGACGUCCAGGUCUGGAUGGUAAACUUGGUGCUCCUGGACCACCUGGACAGAGGGGAGAUCCUGGGAAACAGGGAGAUCCUGGGAGAGAUGGUUUACCAGGACUCAGAGGAGAACAGGGCCCCCAAGGGCCUGCUGGGCCUCCAGGAACUGCAGGGACACCUGGUAAAGCAGGUGAAGAUGGCAAACCUGGGCCUGCUGGCAAAAUGGGUGAGGACGGAGUGCCAGGUGAAGAUGGGAGAAAGGGUGACAAAGGAGAAUCAGGAGCAGCUGGGAGAGAUGGCCGUGAUGGGCAGAAAGGAGACCGGGCCCUCCCUGGGCCUUUAGGUCCCUCUGGUCCUCCGGGGCCACCUGGGGUCCCUGGCAGCAUUGGUCCUCCUGGACAGGUUGUGUAUAUGAAAGGCGUUGAAGCGGCACCAAUCCCAGGCCCUCAGGGGCCCCCAGGAACUCCUGGCGUUCCAGGGAUUCCAGGAGCUGCGGGAGGCAGAGGAGACAGAGGUUCUCCUGGCCUUAAAGGUGAUGCUGGGGACCCGGGAGAAGACGGGGCACCAGGCAGACCUGGGACAGCGGCGGAUGUAAAUAAAGCUCUGGCCAGCCUCGGUAUUCAGGUAUCUGAUCUAAAGGUGGUUGUGGAAAGGAAGGACAGACUCCUGGUUCCUUCAGUACAGAAGGCAGAGAAAGGCGAAAAAGGAGACAAGGGCGAGUCAGGACCGAGAGGUCCAUCUGGUUUAGAAGGUGCUCGUGGUAUUCCAGGAGAGAGGGGAUCAAAGGGCGAUCAAGGGGAUCGAGGACCUGUGGGAGCAACGGGGCCUACUGGAAGAGCUAUUGGAGAACAAGGGCCAGCUGGACCCCUGGGGCCUGCUGGAGAGCCAGGCAAGCCAGGGAUACCAGGUGUUCCUGGGAGAGCUGGGGAACUGGGAGAGGCUGGGAGACCAGGUGAUAAGGGGGAGCGGGGAGAGAGAGGUGACAAAGGAGAGGCUGGAAAAACUGGGCUAACAGGGCCAGCUGGUCCAUCCGGUCAAAAGGGAGCGUCUGCUGAUUCUGUACUGAUUGGUACGCCUGGGACCAGAGGCCCUCCAGGUCUUGCAGGACAGAAGGGAGAGCUCGGUGCAGCAGGACCACAAGGACCAAAAGGAGAUCGAGGUUUUGUUGGACCUCAAGGUAAUAAAGGAGACAGAGGAGAGAAUGGAGAGAAAGGACGUGAUGGCUCAUCGGGCUCACCAGGAGAACCCGGCAAACCUGGUCAAGAUGGGAAAGCGGGCCUGCCUGGGUUCCCAGGAGUACUAGGCAGACCGGGAAACCCAGGAGAGCCCGGCAUGAGGGGCCCGACUGGCCCCAUGGGUCCCAACGGGCUUCCAGGUCCACCUGGUGUAAAGGGUAAUCAAGGAGAACCAGGCGUUGGCGUCCAGGGUCCUCCUGGUGCCCAGGGGAGCACAGGUCUGCCAGGACCAAUAGGGCCCCCAGGAGCUGUUGGUCCACAGGGCCCUCCAGGACUGUCAGGGCAGGUGGGUGAAGCUGGUAAACCUGGAGUUCCUGGACGAGAUGGGGUGCCUGGCAAAGAAGGAAUACAUGGAUUACCAGGAAAGCAGGGCAUCGCUGGACCGCCAGGCCAGUCUGGCUUAAAGGGGGAGCAGGGAGACAGCGGUCCUCCAGGGAAGGCAGUGGCUGGACCCUCUGGACCCAAAGGACAAACUGGUCCUCCUGGUCUAACGCUGCCAGGCACGACUGGAGAGAGGGGUCUACCUGGGGAGAAGGGAAACAGAGGGGACAAAGGUGCUGCUGGUAACAAAGGGGAAAGAGGAGUGUCUGGUGAAGCAGGAGAGCCUGGAGAAGAUGGGGCAAAGGGAUCUUCUGGAAACAAAGGAGAUAAGGGAGAGAAGGGCAUCGGACUGGCAGGUCCUCCUGGUCGGGACGGGCCUCAAGGUUUAAAAGGAGAUCCAGGUCUUCCUGGUCCAGCUGGUCCUCCGGGACCACUGGGAAAGUCUGGUACAGUGGGACAGGCUGGCCUGAGAGGAGAAAGUGGACAACCAGGACCUCCAGGACCACAGGGGGAGAGGGGUCUCCAAGGUUUUGCAGGCCGUGCUGGAAAUGUUGGACCUCCUGGUCCUGCUGGACCUGCAGGACAAGCAGGCUCUGCUGGUACCAACGGGGUCAAAGGUGACAAGGGGGAAGUUGGUGUUGGUGUGCCUGGUCCCAGAGGAGAGAGAGGAGAUCCAGGCCCCAGAGGCGAGGAGGGACGAGCUGGCGUGGACGGGGAAAGAGGCUCAACUGGUCCCCCAGGGACUCGUGGUGCUCGUGGAGAGAAGGGAGACCUCGGACUUCAAGGUGACAAAGGAGAGAAGGGGGAUACUGUGCUGGUGGGAGGACCUGCUGGAGAAAAGGGCAACAAAGGCGAAACAGGUGACAGGGGACCCAAAGGUGUGCAGGGAGAAAAGGGGGUGAAGGGUCAAGAGGGACCUCCAGGACAACAGGGUCUGAGGGGAGAACCAGGAGAGAGAGGCUCCGUUGGGUUCCAGGGUGCACGUGGCCCUGGGGGACAGAAGGGAGAAGCUGGUCAGCCUGGAGUACCCGGUGAAUCGGGUUUUUCAGGAAAAGAUGGGCUGUCAGGACACAAGGGCGACAAGGGAGAGCUUGGUAUCGUAGGAAUGAGAGGAGUGAAGGGUGACCGAGGACCCAAGGGGGCUUGUGGUGGCGAGGGACCCAAAGGAGAGAAGGGGGAUGCUGGUAUUCAUGGACGAUCUGGCUUACCAGGAAGAAAAGGUGAACAGGGGGAAGUCGGACCCUCUGGAGCCCCUGGGAGUACCGGAAAAGAAGGACUAGUGGGCCCCAAGGGAGAUCGUGGGUUUGAUGGGCUCGCGGGACCCAAAGGAACUCAGGGAGAGAAAGGUGAAAGGGGAGCGCCUGGUGUGCCAGGCCCACCUGGUCUCAGAGGAGUGGACGGGGCCCCCGGCCUGACUGGUUCUCAGGGACCGGCUGGUGCUAAAGGCCCUGAGGGGCUUCAGGGACAGAAGGGAGAGAGAGGACCAGUCGGCCCCUCCAUGGUGGGUCCACGUGGUACCCCAGGUAUCUCGGGGGAGAGAGGAGAGCAGGGAGAGAUGGGGCCAGAUGGAGCCAAGGGAGAUAGAGGAGAGCCAGGCAUGACGGAGCAUGAGAUCAGAGAUUAUGUUCGCUCCGAGAUGAGUCAGCACUGUGCGUGCGGAGGUUCAGGCCCGGACCUACGGUCAAAGCCCGCCGUCAGGGCUCGGCCUGCACCCGAGCCACAACUGGUCCUAAAGGGUCAGGAGGGUCGUGAGCUGCGUGUAGUGGUGAAUACCAACGACCCGGACUACGAGCACAUUUACUCCAUCGAGGCCUACGACGACCCCAUGGAUGAACUGCUCUACUUCGAACCCCCUGCCAAUCAGAGCGAUGGUGAGGCUGUCAAAAAGGAAUCAGAGAAAACAGUCAAAGUUGAACCAAACAAAUCAGCCAGUGCUGACAAACAAACAGCAGUGGCUGCUGGUCAGAAACCAGUCAAACAGUCCAAAUCAGUCAGGGCCAAGAGGAGAGUCACAGGGGAAGCUCCAGCAGAACUAUGUCAGCUGCCCAUGGAUGAGGGGAACUGUGGACGAUACACUCUGCGCUGGUACUUUAACCAUAAGACUCAGGCCUGCAGGCCCUUCAUCUACAGCGGCUGUGAAGGAAACGACAACCGCUUCCUCCACCCGGAGGACUGUGAACAGGCCUGUCUUGGGGAGACUGAAGGUCCUCGUCCCUUGAAGACAGCACGAUGAUUGUGGCCACUUCUCCCUCAGCUGCAGGAAUGUCUAUAUAGCUUUAUAUGUCUUUUAUAGAUCAUUAUUUUGUCCAAUGCCAAUGGUCAAGAUUUGUUUUUGUUUAUUUAUUGUGUCUUUAAACCCAACCAAACUUCAGCCUGGGUGGAGAGGAGAGACCAGAGAGCCUCCUCAGUUUAUUUUCUCCAAACUAUGCAAUACAGUGUUUAUUAGGUUUUAAAAAUGUAUCCUUAUUUUGUGUAGUUGUAAAAGAUUUUUAAUAUUUGCACACUGAAUAUUAUAAUUAUUUUAAUCCCUGAUUAACCUAUACCACAGUAUUGACGUACUUCAUUGCUUUAGUUUCAUAUUGCACAUGUGCAUGCAGACAUGGAGAAGACUGAUCACCUGACUGACCUUUUACACUUCAAUCCAAUGUUUCUUUGUAAAAACCAGUUUGGUAAAUCUCAUGGUGCUCAUCUUUGAGGUUGUAGUUUGUUGUGUUGUUCAGUUAUUAGGUGUUAACAUCAGGGGUUCCCAAUUUUUCAGUCCCUCACCCCCAAAAUAACCAGGCCAGAGAAAGGCGACCCCAUUAUUCCUGUUUUUAAUUUCUGCGUCACACAUGAACAGCAAUUGUAAUAAUAAAAACUAGAAUUUGGUAAAACAAUAAAUGAACAUUCUUAAAACAAUAUUACUGUUUCCACCCUCUCCUUCCCUCUUAAAUGAAACCAAAGACGUUACAUUGGAAAAUAAUCUGAACUCAUUCUUCAAUUGUUUGGUAUUUAUUUGUUUCUUGUGUUCAGUUUGUGUCCUAAUGAUUUGAGUCAUUGAGAAAAGCUGCAGCAAUCUGCACUCUAUUUUCUCUUAGUGCUUCUUGUCACCUUAAAAAAUCCCUAAUAAAGUGGGUGAUGAUCAGAGCUCCAUUAACGCUGACAGAUACUGCUAAUUAGAAUUCAACUUGCUAUGACUCAGCUGUGUUGCCAUCUUUGUAAUCAUGAUCUUCAGAGCUGUUGCCUGAAUUCAUGUGUCGGGAAGGAAGGAGAAAGUCUAAAAUAACCAUAAUUGCAGUCAAACACAUGAAAGCUAUGUUAGCAAAGAGGAACACAAGUAGACACUUAAGCUACACUUAAUGAAAGACAUCAAACAGGAAAUUAUAUUAAAUGACAAGCUACACCUUUUAUGAACUUAUCGAACUGGUUGUUAAUAAGGAUGUUGUGUCUGUUGUAAUUAUUAUAUUUACUGUAGCAACGUGGGCUGAGUUGUGUGUUUUUCCCCUCAUUAAAUUAAUGUUUUUAAUGUUUCUCAACAUACAAACACAGGAGUCACCUCCUAUUUAAUCAUGGUAUUUCAAUGCUAUAUCAGUAAGGUAAGCUAAUGGCUCUAAAGACAAAGACAAUAAGGAAUGAAAAAAUAACAGAAAAAAUGAUGAAUUCAUGCAGAGUUGAUUCACAACCAAAAAGUUCAUAUAUUUAUUAUAUUUCCACAAGGUUAAAUAAAGGUUAUUUAAAGAACAAGAACCAGGUUAAAACUGCAGAAAAAUCUAUGUACAAACUAGAAUACACUCAGCACAGUGCAUACCUCAAUGUUUAUUCAGAUAUUAUUGAAGAUGCUUAUAAACUCAUUCCACCAAGUUCAGUAGAAAUGUCUUCAGUAGGUUUAGUGUAAUCCUGCCGACAAUAAUAAAUGAAUAAAUAACUAAAUGUUUUAUACAAUUCAAUCUUAUUAAAUCACAACAUACAUUAUCUCAAGGCACUUGACAUACUGUACUAAGUAAAGACCCUAAAAAUUGUGGAGAAACUUAACAGUCUGCACAACAAGCAAACAUUGGCGACUGUGGCGAGAAAAGAAAACUCAGGAAGUUACCUCGAGCAGAAGCACCUCACUUCAGCCCAUAGCAUCACACACACAACAGAGUAUGACUUAUCAGAUAGACUCAGAUAGAAAAAUUAAUUAAUCCAACCAGAUGCUCCCCACUCCUUGAGAGAGCUCUAACUUUAAGUCAUCUAAUUUAAUCAGGGCAGAAACUUCAGAACCUCUAAUGUCAGGAAUAACUCCCUUCACUUCUCCACACAAUUACAACUAUUCAAGCAUGAAUAUACUGGAUUAUUACGCUGGAUAAAGUUUUAUCAUUUGUAUUAAAUAUGAAGAAUCAAGCACAAUAUUCUUAGGAUUUCUUUGUACAUAAUGGUUUUAUUAUUUGGGGGGAAGCUGAAGCUGCAUGUUUACCUGCCAGAGAAAAGGUGCUAUUUUUAAAUGUAUUUUUAUACUGUUUAUUGGAGAUGGAAUCGUGUUUUUGUGUGGUGCAAAUCAUUUUGUCUCUAUAGUAUUAUUAGUAUAAUGAAACUUUUUAAUAAGCAUUUCUAAUAAACCAAAUGUUUUA